UGCUCUGUGCCGCUCAUCGCCUUCUAACGUCCUGUUGCCCGUUAUAAUGCAGCAUCGGCGAAAUAACUGCAUUGAUCAGAUUCGUAUUGAAGUAAGCAACAGCAGUGCGUGUUUCCCCGUCCCGUCGCAUCCAAGGAUGCCGAAAAAGAGGCAGAGAAUCUUGUCUCACCGGAAUUUAGGCGGUGGGCCCUUCGCUGUGCCAAUGUCGAGAAGCCCCGAAAAACGCCUGAGCGCCUAUGAGUCGG